ACUGAGGUUGAGAGUGUCGAAUUUUAUAAUGGAAUUCAUAAAGAACAAAGCGCAUUCGGUCCCAUUUCUGAUAUUAUUCUCUUCUUUGGAUUCCUAUUCUCUGAGCAACUUUUGUAUUAUUAAUUACCAUUCUUGAAAUUUAUGAAUGUACGUCAAAGAGUUGUUAAAUGGUGCCUUUCACGAUUAAUGCAUGUGGUGAAUGGUGGUAUUCUCAAAUUGGAAGAUCUGCUGAAUUGAGGGUUGUAUUGUGUUUGUCUUUAUAAUAUGGUCUCAAUGUUAUUAUUCCUAAACAGUGCAAGUUCUUGAGUAAAGUGGAAGAAAAAGAAUGUGAAAGUAUGAGAGUUGAUAUUUGUUUCUCUCUGGAUAGCUACUUCAUUUUGUCUCAUUUUCUUUUCUCCAUUUUCAACUUUUGCCUCUGCUGUGGGUUUGGUUGUUGGAAGUGGAGGUUGUUUCUCUAGUUUCCCUUUGAAGGGAUAACGUUGCUUCUUUCUUUCCCUGGUUUGGUUUGCAAAUAGAGGUUGUGGGUCACGUGUGCUCAGGACAUCUAGUUCGCUGCAUCUUCGUCACGCAGACAAUAAAAUAUGCAGACCCCUAAAUCAAGACCUGGUUCUCUUGAUGUGCCUCAGAAAUUCUCUCCUGCAACAACUCGUACAGGCGGGAAGCUCAAAACUCUGGGGUCAGAUUCUGAUUCUAUGACAUCUCCAAGUCCAGUUAGUAAGACACUGAAAGACAAAAGUCCUAAAAUUGUUGACCGUCGGUCUCCACGAAGUCCAGCAAUUGAGAAAAAAAGACCAAACAGAGCGUCUGAAUUGGAACCUCAGCUGGUCCAGCUCCAAGAGGAACUGAAGAAGGCAAAGGACCAGCUGAGUUCAUCUGAAUCAUGCAAGAGGAGGGCUCAGCAGGAGGUGGAAGAAACUAAGAAACAGCUUGCAGCCAUGUCGGCUAAAGUUGGGGAGACUCAGAAGCAACUGAAGGAACUUUCUGAUUCUGAGGAAGCUCGAGUCCAAGAGUUACGUAAGAUAUCUCAGGAUCGAGAUAGAGUAUGGCAGUCUGAACUGGAAGCUGUACAGAAGCAGCACUCGAUGGAUUGUGCUGCCUUGGCUUCUGCACUUAAUGAGAUACAGAGGCUCAAGAUUCAGUUAGACAGAGUUUGCGAAUCUGAAGCUUCCCAAGCUAAGCAUGCCGAGUCAGCUCAUACUGAGAUUCAGAGCUUGAGGGUUGAACUUACUGAAACUCUUGGACUGGUCGAGAAAUUGAAGAACCAGUUAAAUGAUAGCAGAGAAUCUGAAGAUCUGGCCCUAGAAGAAUUCGGUAGAGCUCAAAUGCUAUUGGAGGUUGUGAAGACUACUGAGGAAACCCUGAAGUCAGAACAUGCUAACACCUUGGAAUCCUAUAAAUCUUUGCUAGCGGAGUUGGAGCAGUCAAAGAAUAGAGUGAAUUCAUUGGAGGAACUUGUCUGUAACCUCCAGGAUGAUCUUGCUAAAAGCCGCAAGAUCAUAGCAAAUCCUCCUGAUGAUAUUAAGGCCUUAUGUGAAAGUGGAGAAUCUGAUCAAUCAGAAAAGUUGAAAGCUGAGCUUAAUAAUUUGAAAAAAGAAUCAAGUCAAUUAAGGGAUGCACUCGAGGCUGCUGAAAGAAGGUAUCAGGACCAAUCCCUUGAGAGCACCUUGCAGAUUCGAAAUGCAUAUGAAAAGGUGGAGCAUGCAAAAUCAGAAUCAUGCCAGAGAGAAGCUGAAUUGGAGGCAAAUGUGAAAGAAUACAGCGCUGAAGUCGAGGAAUUGAAGACAAAAUUGAUCGAAAAAGAAAAUGCACUGCAAACUAUUUCGUGUGAGAAAAACAAGCAGCUAGCUGAAAGAGAAACUGAACUUGAGAUGGAGUUAGAGACAUCGGAAUCCAUUUUAGAAGAUCUGAAGGCGAGCUUAUUGGAGAAGGAGACACAGUUGCAAAGCAUCACAGAAGAAAACGAGCAGCUGAAAUCCGAAAUCAUGAAGCGGGAAAUAGAGAGAAGCAGAGCAAGUGAUGAGGCUCUUGCUCUGGCAGAGACAGCCAAAGCAGCGGAACGGGAGGCCCUGAUGAAGCUCGGUUAUCUGACUGAGGAAGCAGAUAAAAGUUGUCGAAAAGCUGCACGGGUUACUGAGCAACUUGAUGCGGCCCAAGCUGCUAACAAUGAGAUGGAAGCCGAAUUAAGAAGAUUGAAAGUGCAAUCAGAUCAGUGGAGAAAGGCUGCUGAGGCAGCUGCUGCAAUGCUAUCUACUGGAAAUAAUGGGAAGUAUGUAGAGAGGACAGGCUCUUUAGACUACCAUACGAUCGGUGGGAAGUUGAGUUCUCCGUAUUCUGAAGAUACGGAUGAUGAGUCGCCUAAGAAGAAAAACAGCAACAUGCUGAAGAAGAUUGGUGUGCUGUUGAAGAAAGGGCAGAAAUAGACAUAAAACUCUUCAGGUUUUCAUUUCCUUCUGGGCAGCUUUAGUCUUAGUCCUCAUAUAUUGAGUUGCCAGUAAUUGUUACCCUGAUUACUAGCGUCUUUCCAGGCAUCUUCAGCAUGAUAACAGGGCGGAGACUGAUGGAAGAAAGCUUUAAGUAACUCUGUAUAGUUAUUGUUCAACUUUUUAUGAAUUCUACCCUUUUGCUUAUCCUACCAUUGUUGUGCUGGUCGUUUCUUGGUGAAAAUUUCCAGUAAUUCUCCUUCUCUUGUAGCCUUUUUGGUGGCGGCUCAUAUUUUUCAGUUGCAAUCAGAUGUAAAAGUUACUAUA